AAUACAUAGUUGCUACAACUACGUGGACAUCCGUUGGCGAAGCCUGCUGAAGUCAGUCCAACGUUCUCCGAAUCAGACGGCCCCCACGGCAAGCGGAAGAACGGGUCCACUCCGGAAAUAUAAACAUGAUUCGACAAGAAAAUAUCUCGUAAGUGGAAAAUUGGAAAUCAUGUGGUCUGCCAGGGUCUGUCCAGUGAUAACUUCUGUUAUCGGACAGAAUUGAAUACUUCUGUCAAUCCCCGUCACGUUCCUCAGCCACGUCGGCUUUUCGGGCAGGUUGAAGCUGCCUUAAAUAAGGCACCCUGACCACUCUGGUCUUCCCAGACUCUCUUAUCGCACCCCCACCAUGACAACCAUACAAUUAACUCGAUGGACGAAAUACUUUGGUGAUAUCUAUGGAAAUGCAAAGCCACCUGUUCUAGGCUCUUUCGCAGUGAAAGAGAUAGAGGACAAAUCCCGGGAGGUAAUGAAAGACCAUCUCCCGGCAUACAUGUACACGUUUGGGAGUGCGGGAACGUGCUCGACGGCCGCUGCAAAUAGGCGUGCGUUCGACCGGUGGAAAAUCGUCCCUGCAAUGCUCAAGGAUUGUACUAAUCGAAGUGUCGAAACAACGAUUUUUGGAGAGAAGUUCCACGCACCUCUUUUCGUUGCGCCCGUAGGUGUACAGGGUAUCUUGCAUGCAGACGGAGAACUCGCAACUGCAAGGGCUGCCGCUGCCUGCGGGAUCCCUUACAUUAUGAGCUCGGCAUCAUCCCGGUCGAUUGAGGAUAUUGCAAAGGCAAACGGGCCUGAUGGUCAGCGGUGGUAUCAGCUCUACUGGCCGCGCACGGAUGAGAUAACAAUAUCCCUUCUCAACCGUGCCAAAGCUGCAGGCUUCACUGCGCUCGUGAUCACGCUCGAUACCAUGCUCUUGGGUUGGCGUCCACACGACCUUGAUACUCACUACAUACCUUUCUUGUACGGUGUCGGCAUCCAGGUUGGCUUGUCCGACCCCGUGUUCAUGAAGCGCUCUGGGUACGAACCUGUGCACGAGACCACCAAGUUCCCUUUCGAGCCAGAGAAGAUCAGAAACGCGGCGUUGAACGCGGGUGAUGCGAAUGCCAAGAAGGCAAUGAAAUUGGGCAAGGACUGGCUCGCAGAAACCAACUCAGGUCUUUUCAGGUCCUGGGAGGAUCUACAAUUUAUCAAGGAUCACUGGGACGGGCCUAUCAUUUUGAAGGGAAUUCAACGAGUGUCGGAUGCGGAGAAGGCUAUUGAGAUGGGCAUUCACGGGAUCAUUGUGUCUAACCACGGUGGACGGCAGGUGGACGGUGCCAUUGGCUCCUUGGAUGCAUUAGCCAAGAUCAUGCGCUCGCCGAAGGUCCUUGGUGCGCAGACGAAAGGCGACCUGACAGUGCUAUUCGACUCUGGUAUUCGCACAGGCAGUGAUGUCAUCAAGGCAAUAGCAAUGGGUGCCCAGGGCGUCCUCAUCGCUCGUCCAUACAUGUACGGUCUUUCCAUUGCCGGACAAGCGGGAGUCGAGCAGAUUUUGAUGCAAACCGUGACUGAUAUGCAUCUCACGAUGGGUCUCUGCGGGUACAGUGAUGUUAAUGACAUCAUUGGGAAGCGGGAAGAACUUCUCGAACUCGUAGAUGAUUGAACGGCAAGCUGCAUUGCAAAUUGACACAUCAUUUGUCCUAGAAGACUGUAUUAUGGACUAUGUAUUCCAAAUGGCAUCGAGAAGUUCAUCAAA